AUUGUAACUCAAGUCGUUGUUCAAGAAACAAACUACUUAAAAAUGUCGUCUAUACGAGGGAAGAAGAAGGUAAAGAGAGAAGUACUUCUGGAAUGGAACAACAUUCAUGUCUCUUUCUCUCUCUGUCAACUAAAAACAACGGAUGAUGAAGAUUGAUUUGAACAGUUCUCUUCACUCGUUGAAUUUCUCAAUUUACAAUUACCCAAAAUCUGAUACUACACGGAAUCGCUUUUUUGAGUGAGUUAAUACGCGCCUAACCACUCUUCAUUUAUUCCAUUUGUUUCAAACAACCAAAAACAGAUAGAAACACCCUUUGAAACCCUCUUCCCAACUACUCUGACAAUUACAGGAUAGUAGAAAAGUUUCAUUGCAGCCUAUUUGAAGGGUAGUUCAAUCAAUGGAAAGUAAAAGGAUCCUCAUAAUACACACAUAUAGCAUUUGAAACUCCCAGAAAUGAAUUGUUUUUACUACCUCAAGGACAAGGCCAAGAGCAAGCUACAAAGGUCAGCUCCAGAGCUGAAAGUGGAGACCAAAUCUGAGUAUUCAGGAGGUGAUAGUAGGAUUAUCAAGUCUUCUUGCUCUGCCAAUUCGCCACGUGGGAUACCGGAACUAUAUGAAGAAAAAGCACAUAACUUGAGAGUGUUUACCUUCUCUGAGCUCAGAAUUGCUACACAUGAUUUCAGCAGGCUUUUUAAGAUAGGUGAAGGUGGUUUUGGGAGUGUUUUUAAGGGCUCAAUCAAGCCUGCUGAUGGGAAUGGAGACCAAAUCGAUGUUGCCAUAAAGAAGCUCAACAAAGAUGGCUCACAGGGUCAUAAGCAAUGGCUGGCAGAGGUUCAAUUUCUGGGUGUUGUAGAUCACCCGAAUCUUGUCAAACUUAUAGGAUAUUGUGCUGUGGAUGGAGAAAGAGGGAUCCAAAGGCUACUUGUUUAUGAAUAUAUGCAAAAUAGAAGUUUAGAGGAUCAUCUUUUCAAUAAGGCUUAUCCAACUCUUCCGUGGAAAAAACGAUUGGAUAUCGUGUUUGGAGCGGCUCAAGGAUUGGCAUACUUGCAUGAAGGAUUGGAAGUUCAGGUGAUAUUUCGAGAUUUGAAAGCCUCAAAUGUGUUAUUGGAUGAUAAUUUCAAUGCAAAGUUGUCUGAUUUUGGACUAGCUCGGGAAGGGCCGACGGCUGGCCAUACUCAUGUCUCAACUGCAGUAAUGGGAACAUAUGGAUAUGCUGCACCAGAUUACAUUGAAACAGGCCAUCUCACAGCAAAGAGUGAUGUGUGGAGUUUCGGUGUGGUGCUGUACGAGAUUCUUUCUGGCAGGCGGUCAGUGGAGAGAAACCGUCCCAGAAUAGAACAGAGACUUUUGGAAUGGGUGAAGCAGUUUCCUCCAGAAAGCAAAAAAUUUGGACAGAUAAUGGAUCCUAGACUUGAAAGCCAAUAUUCUUCAAGUGCGGCUAGAAGAAUUGCCAAGUUAGCUGAUAGUUGUCUAUUGAAGAGCGCAAAAGAACGGCCGAAGAUGAGCCAAGUGGUGGAGACAUUGAAGCAGAUUAUGCUAGUUUCAGAGGAUGGUGGUAAUCCUUCAAUUCUUGAGUCCUCUCACAGUAACAAAACUGACAUGGGACCAAAGCCGAUUCAGUUAGGUCCGGCUGAGUCAUGGAAAAGAAGGAUGUCCCACUUGGAGAAACUAGGCGAGCAAGUUGAUGGCAGUAGUAGAAGAAGGUUCAUGAUCAUGAAUAGAGCCAAAGUGAAUUGAUGGCAUUUCCAACCAAUGUAUACCAUCACAUUUUGAUGCAUUCGAAAACUAUGAUCAAGUAGCCAAAAUUUGGGAGAUGGAGGGUAAAAUGCUAUUCGAUACGAGCUGAAACUGAUUGGGAAGCACCGGUUCAUGUCUUCUAUAUUUAUAUCAGUUCUUUUUCUGUGAUGUAUAGAGUUGUGAUGCAAGUUGAUUAAUUAUGGGUGCUUCAUCUAAUUAAGGUUUGACCAAAGGGAAGUUGUGGGCUUUGGAUCACAAGUUUUGCUAAGAUUUUAACCAUUUUCUUUGACUUGUUUCAUUGAUCUUCCAUUACCAAUGAGAUCCAAUCCCACCCAUAAAAAGUAUGUCUCCACAAGUAUAUUAAAUUUGAGAUUAUGUUUUAUUUCCUAAA